CAUCGUUAAUGGUUUUUUCCCUAUAUGUAAUUUAAUUUAAUUAUUGCGCGUUUUCCAUGCUAACAAACAGCAUUAUUUGUUUUAUUAAAGUGCAGUAUCCGUUAUUGAAAAUAGUCGUUGGGCAUUUUGUAAAAUGAUUAAAUUCCUGGUUAUUUUAGUACUUUUACAAAGUCUGUUUGAACCAACUUAUUCUGCUCCACAAGACCAAGUUUCCAAUGGACAAGGUUCAAUAAUGAAUCGUGAGGAUGAAGGAGGAAUGGCCGAAAUGCCUAGGGCGGGUGUUUUUGAAAAUGCCGGAAGAAUAUUAGACUCCCAUAUUUUAGGACCAAAUUUCCCAGGAAACUUAGCUCAUAAAAUGGUAGAUUCUGCCAUGGUACCUCCUGGGCAUGUUGCUAAAAGCGCUCAAGAGCGUGGGGAAAAAAUGGCUGCCGAUGGUGUGAACAUGGUACCAAACACCUUUGAAGCUGAUAUUCAAGUGUAAUAUUAAGAAUUUAAUAUAUUGUUAUAAAAUUAUGUUUAAAAAUCGGUCAAUUAGUAAAUAAAAAUCAGUAUAUUUCAUUUAA